AGCUUAAAAUUUUCAACCAGCUGUCAAAACAACCCAGAAAAAAAUUGCUGCAAAUGUUUAGCUGAAAAUAAAAAGUUUUGUGCUCGUUUUUGUGGAGUGCUUGAAGUGCGGUACAAUAGUAUCACUAAAAGAUAGCGUUUCCCAGCUUGUCGGUUGCUUUGGGCGCAUCAUACACAGGACAAUUAACAGUCCGAGUCAAUCGAUCGAUGGAUGACGACCUCAACGAAUACGCUCCGGACAUCCCGGACAACGUACUGGAGCUGAUUUUCUCCUAUCUUAAGCUGCAGGAUCUGCGGAACUGUUCCCUGGUGUGCAAAAGCUGGAACCGCUUCCUGAACGAUGAGAACAAUGAGGUUUGGAGGGCACAAUGCAUGCAAAAACUAGCGCCGGACGCUUUCAAGACGGAUCUGCUGUCGGUGGUUCCCACCUACAAGGCAAAGCUGAGAGCUUUCUUCCACGCCUGGAAUCCGUACGACUGUAGUCGACAUGUUUACAUCAAACCGAACGGAUUCACCCUGCAUAGAAACCCUGUGGCGCAGAGUACGGAUGGGUCGCGCGGAAAAAUAGGUUUUCAGCAUGGGAGGCAUGCUUGGGAAGUGAGAUGGGAAGGUCCACUAGGGACGGUGGCUGUCGUUGGGAUUGCCACGAAAGAUGCAGCGAUACAGUGCCACGGUUAUUAUGCUUUAUUAGGGGCGGAUGAUCAGAGUUGGGGCUGGAAUUUGGUCGACAACUUGCUGCUACACAAUGGGGAUGCCCACGGAAUAUAUCCCCUGCUCAAUAAUGCACCCAAAUACAAGGUCGGAGAGCGAAUUCGCGUCAUUCUGGAUUGCGAUGAUAAUACGUUAUCGUUCGAGAAAAACUACGAAUUCCUAGGAGUGGCUUUUACAGAUUUACCUGAUAAGGUAUUUUACCCGACGGUGGCGGCAGUGUAUGGAAACACGGAAAUAUCGAUGGUGUACCUUGGGCCUCCUCUAGAUGGAUAGAAGAAUGGGGCAGGUAGUAUCGGCAGCCAGAAAAAGCGAUUGACGGCAUACCCAAGAUUCCGCGCCCAAUUAUUUAGGAUAGAGCAAAUGAUACUCACACAAGCAACACUUCAACACUCAAACAAACACACUUACAUAUAAACGCGGCACCUGUUUAAUCAAUCUAGUCCAGCUCCAUCCGCAGCAGUAAGAGUUGCGUGUGGUCGACUGAAACUUUACCAAACAGAGUUAGAAGGUUGGUAUUGGAAAGUGGGGAUUUCGCGAACCGAAAAAAACACGUCUGACACAAUCUUUCUUUUACCUACGGUGUAACGAUUACGAUAGAGAUUGUAGUAGUUUCUCUUUUUAAUAAAUAAAUGACGGAAGAAUGAGGUCGGAAAAGAUUUUGUAUAGCAAUAUAAGGAUGAAGCUUUGUUAGUUGCUAGAAAAGAUAUCGACUUAUUCUGUUUCAUAGUCCAUUAGGAAUCCAUUUCGGAUAAAAUCGUACUUUAGGUUAUUUAUUUUAUGUAACUUAUUUAUUUCAACUCAGUCAGUAUUUAUUUAUAGUAACUAAUAUUAUUUUACCAAAGAUUGACAUUUGCAUUUAUAGAUUAAAUUAAUAAUCAGUGUAUGAACAUUCCAAUAUCGUGUUAAGUGUAUUAUCCAUAAAGUUGUUUUUUAUUGCAAAUAAAUGGAAAUAAGUGAGCAUAAUUCGGAGUAA